AAACAGACUUAAGGAGCAUGAAGCUUUCACUUUCACAGAGUAUUUCUUUAAGUUUUACUCCAAUAAAUAGAAUUUUGAAAAAAUGCAUAGUACUUGCUCUCAAACUAAUUGGCUCUUGGAAGGGAUGGAAGUGAGCAGUAUGAUCUGUGAUGUCAAAUCUUGUAAUGGCAGUUCUGUGAUGAGAAUGGAAAAAGUUAAGUUAACGAGCAGGACUAAGUUCUCCAUGUUAGUUUCUCCUUUUCUCUCUGUUUCAAGUGUUGUUUAUUCCAGAUAAAACGUACAAAGUAAUUUCUUACAAUGAGCUUCUUUGAUUUCUCCUAAAGUAGUCAAUGUCUGGAUGAACUGCUUUUGAUGCUGGAUUUGAUAUAAGGGGUUAAAAAAUUUAAAUGCCGGAGUAAUGAAGGUCUUACUUUUAUGAUAGGGACUACUUCAACUGAAAAGAUGACAUUUACAGGAGUUGAGUUCUUUUGUUUGAAGAGAAUAGGAUGACUGCACUGUAACCAUUAGUCUAUCAGAAACAUUUUCCUGAAGUGCAUCUUUUCCAAGUAACAGUUUGCCAACGUUUGUGCUUAAGUAUGUGGCAGAUAUGCAUAGUAGAUUCCCGUCAGAUCAGAAGUUAGUUUGCAUGAGGCAGCCAUCAAGCGGCUCCUUUCCUGCGUGCCUUAAUUGCAGGGGCAGGGAUCUAAGGGGGGUCUUACUCUUUUCCCCACAGACUAAGCUACUAUACGGCGCCCCAGUCAAUUGAGAGUACUUGUGCCAAGAAAGAGAUCCAUGCAACUGAGGAAGAGAAAACUUCAAAGAAACUAGAGCGAGCUCAAUGGCUUCGAGCAGCAAUCUUAGGAGCAAACGAUGGAUUGCUUUCCACUACAUCCUUGAUGCUCGGUGUUGGUGCAGCUAAAGAUCAAGAUCAACGGUCUAUGGUACUUUCUGGAGUUGCUGGAGCUUUUGCAGGUGCCUGUAGCAUGGCUGUCGGAGAGUUUGUCUCUGUAUCUGCUCAACGAGACAUUGCUAAGUCCAUUUCUGACAACUGUAGGUUGGAGAACGAGUUAAAAGGAGAUGAUGGUGGAUACAAAACGAAGAUUCAGAUAGCUUGCAGCAGUCCAACUAUUGCAGAAACCAAGGGCGGAGAUGCCACCAACAUCAAUAUAUUGGCGACUUCAAGACAAGGUGGAAAGCUGCUAUAUGAAUCACCUGUGCAAAUACAGCACCAUAUUGCUUUGACACCUGCAAGAUCUCCUAUGAUAAAAGUUAUGGAAAUUGAUGCAAAACGAACGAUGAGGGAGGAGUCAAAACUGGAAAAUAUCAGAAAAUUAGAGCCACUGCCUAAUCCAUUGAAGGCUGCAGCAGCAUCAUCCCUGGCUUUUCUGUUUGGAGCCUUUGUUCCUAUGGUGCCAGCUCUAGUGGUGAGUGAAAACAGAAUCAGGAUUGCUGUGAUGGUGAUUGUAGCAUCUUUGGCUUUGUGUUUAUUUGGGGGAAUUGGGGCUUAUCUUGGUGGUUCAUCAGUAAAGAUAUCUGCUAUGAGAGUUUUACUUGGAGGGUGGAUUUCAAUGGCUAUCACAUAUGGUUUACUCAAGCCCUUUGACAAAGAUACAUACAAAGAGUGAUAAUGAUGAUUAAUAAAUCACAUAGCAUGUUAAUUAUCAUCAAUUUACAACCUAGACUUUGUGUCUAUUUUAGAGGGGAAAUAGUUCGAGGGUUCACUUCUUGAGAUGCUUAGCAAGGACGGUAAAACACCUCAUGUUUUCAUUUUGAUAUUCUAUUGUGUCCUUCCAACUGCUUAACUC